GGUAGUUUGUGUACUUAUUUGGAGAAUACUCUUUGCAACAAUUUCUUUUAGGGGGACCUGAUAUUGUUUUGUGUAUUAUUUCUACACUAUUUCAGUUUAAGGUUAGGCUAUUUGUUUAAUAUUUAAACAACUUUAUUUGAGCUUUUUUAUUUUUAUUUAACCCCCCCACGAUAAACACCAGCUCUGAAACCAGAUGGACAGGGAAUUGGUCUGCGGAGAAUGUAACAUGGUGUUUCGCUCCGCUGGGCUGCUUGAGAAACACAAAGCACUGUUCUGCAUUGGAAGCGAGGUAAGACACCGUCGGGUGCAAAGACACAGCUCUGAACAUCUCCUAAGAGACAGACCUGGACGUGGGGACCCUAAACAGACAAGAACCCCUGAUCUCAUUCAGCUGAGAGGUCAACGGAGGAACAUCACCAGGCGGACGGAUGUUGACGCCAAACCAGCGCCAGCGAGAGCAGAGGACAGACCAGCGACCAGUCAGACAGAGAGUGCUGCUCUGCAAGAUCUCACACAUGAGUUUCACAAGUUGAGGAUGUCCAUUGAAGAAAAUCUGCCAAAAUGGUCAAAAAGGACCUCAGAUACUGAGUCAAGUGGGCGUCAGCUGGGUCACAGUGAAAGACUGAAGGAGAUGAGGGAAAUGGCGAUGCUCCACGAGCGCCAGCUGACCCUGAUACAUGCUCACAACCAGAAGCUGGAGCAGCAGAGAGAUGAGCUGGCCUAUCAGGUGAGUGUCCUGUCUGAGCAGAGCAACACAACUCACCUGGAGAGUCUGUUGAUGGAGCUCAGAGAGCAGGAGGAAAGAAACGAGGACACGCUGCAACAACUCGCUGAACAUCUCCGUGCAUUACAUGUACAAGAGGUCUCUGUACCCACAGAUCAGCCAUACCCACGCAAGAAUAAUCAUGAAAGCUACAAGCUUAUUUCUUCGCCAGAUGGCCCUCUUUCAACCCAGAUAAAAGCCCUGUGGCAGGCAUACAUUCAGUCAGGUGGGUCAGAUCCAGCCAUUGAGGCACAAAUGAUUGCCCUGCAGGCAAAAGCCCAAAGUCUGGAGGAAAACCAACCAGCGACCGGCAAGGCCAAAAAGAAGAGGGUGGAGCCUCGUCAGCGGGGUGUGAGCUGGGAGCUGCUGGCUGUGGAGCAGGAGAACCAGAGGCUGGAGGAGGAGAUCCUCAGGAUCCAGCUGGUCAGAGAGCGACACCAUAACAGUGACGCAGUAGUGAGGACUGAGCUUGAGCAGAUUCAGAAAGAGAACCUUCUACGGUUAGCCGGUUUACAGGCAGCGAUGGAGAGAAGCAAAGAAGCUCCCAGGCCCGGGCGACAGCCUUCUCCACCUCCCCUUCAACCCAAGAAUCUCAUUCAUACACCUCUUUCACUGGUACACCAAUACAGUUGUAUCCUGAUGCUGUACCUCUGUGUCUCUCCGCUCCAGGCCAGCUCCCUCCCCUCUCCACUGGGAACAUGCAUGUUCAGGGACUCGUUGGGUCCCGCCCCCUACGACCCUGCAGCUGGUUUUGUGGUUUUCUACGACCUGGUGCUGGGAGUUGAUGUCUCCCAGAAGGCACUGCGCCUAGUGGCAGCUCUCUACUCGGAAGGGGAGGAGGUGGGACCACCAACUCCGCUGCCCCCAGUCCAGUGCCUGCCAGGACCGUCCCUGCCUUACGCCCACACCCCUGGGAACUACGCCCUCCUGUUGGCCAAGCAGCCUGUACCUAGGUACAUGAACCUUUCCCUCUGUAGGAUCCAGCCAUCGACCGCCCUCUCUCUAGUGGUGGAGGUGCAGGCAGCAAGAGAUGUGGAUGUUGAAGACCAGGAGGUCGUCAAACUGGCAUCCUGCGGUUGGACACGAGUGGAACUCUUUGACCAAUACAACCAGUUCCGUAGUGGCCACUGGAGGGUUCCAGUGCGCAGUCUUCCUAUCAGACCUUCCUUAAGCCUUGCCCAGCUUAACUCACUACACCAGGUUGGCCACUUGGAACUGUGUGUACGAUUGGUCAACGGACGAGAUGGAGAUGUUCAGACUCUGGCAAAGCCUGACCCGACAAGCACCAGUCACUAUAAACACCCAGCUGUGGUAGGAUGUUAA